GAUUGUCAUCAUGUUCGGCAGGGUUGAUUCAUUUUACGGUCGUCAUUGCGCCCUGCCCGUUUGCGGUUAUGUGUACUAGUUGAACUUCAAACUAUUAUUAUAAUUAGUUCAAGGGUCUUAUGAUGGAAAUUUAUUUUUGUUGGACAGGAAUAGAUGAACAACACAAAACAGUUUGAGUUAUGUUUUCCAUGCUUGGGGUCACAUACUUCAGUGGGGGGCAGUGCUAAACGUCAGGUCAAGUUCGAUGGGCCUGAUUCGACAAAACAAAUAAAGAGCGAGCGGUAAAUAAUAUUGCCAGUAUGCUAGUACCGUUAGCCGAACAAACAUUGCAUUCUAGCAUUCCAUUUCUGUACAAAGUGUAUCCAGUGAGUGCACUACGUGGUUUUGAAUCAAGUAACCAAAAGGAAGCACACUUUGAUACAUUUAGUUAGUUCAAAUCGAUUGUUGGGCUACAGGCUUACUAUUAAUUGUAUCCAAACGCGUGUGCAAUAAAUAGAUUCUGCGUGUGUGUUGUUAUCCGUUUUUGUUGAAGUACGCACAGCUUGCAACUACAAUGCAGUCAGUCCACGAAACCUAUCUUGGAUUGGAUUUAAGUACUCAAAAGUUGAAAGCGGUAUUGCUUAACCACAAGCUCGAGGAUGUGGCGCAUGCGGAAGUCAAAUUUGAUUCGGAUCUCCCCGAAUUUCGUACAAGCGGUGGAGUGAAUGCCGGAAGGAGUAAAAAUGAAUUCUACGUACAUCCGAUAAUGUGGAUCAAAGCGGUCGAUAUGGUGCUGGAUCGAAUAGUCGUACAGGGAGCAGACCUCAGCACAGUGGCUGCGCUGAGCGGUUCUGCUCAACAGCAUGGUUCACUGUUCUGGUCCCGGUCGGGAAUUGAAUCGCUACGCAACCUGGAUGCUGACAAGUUUCUUCACACCCAGCUCGAUGACUCGGCGUUCACCGUUCACCGAACCCCGAUUUGGAUGGACGGCACGACGGUUCAGCAAUGCGAAGAAAUGGAAGCAGCGGUAGGAGGGCGCGACAAGAUGGUGGCAAUAACUGGGUCAAAGUGCUACGAGCGAUUUACCGGGCCGCAGAUACGGAAGAUAUUUCAGGAACGACCAGACUGCUACCGAAACACGGAGAGAAUAUCGCUGGUGAGCAGUUUUCUGGCUUCUAUCUUUAUUGGUGACAUUGCCCCGAUCGAUUGCUCCGAUGGGUCCGGCAUGAACUUGUUGGAUUUGAGCACCCAAGACUGGUCGGACGACUGUCUCGCUGCCUGCGCACCCGGAUUGCACGCGAAACUAGGCAAGCCUGCGCCAGCCGCCAGCAUCAUCGGGAGUGUGGGCUCAUUUUUUGUGCAGCGAUACAAUUUUAGUGCGGCAUGUAAGGUGGUCACCUUCACGGGAGAUAAUCUGUCCGCUCUGGCCGGAAUGAAUGUCGGUCAGGACUGGCUGGCACUUUCGCUAGGCACUAGUGACACGGUGAUGAUGAAGUUGGACACGCCAUCGCAUUUAUCCGAAGCGCACGUACUGGUUCAUCCAACCGAUAUCGGUUUCAUGGGGCUCCUUUGUUUCAGGAACGGGUCCCUCGUACGAGAUAUUUUCAAGCGCGCCGAGGCCAACGAUAGCUGGGAUCACUUUAGUGAGCUACUCGACUCCACACCGCGUGGCAACUUUGGCAACCUGGCUCUGCAUUUUACUUCGAAAGAGAUUUUGCCACCGGUAAAAGGAUCGCUGCGAUGGAACAAAAGCUCGUGCCUGGAGAACGCCGAGUUGGCAAAGGGCGUACUCAAAUAUAGUUCACCACAGACCGAGAUACGAGCGCUGGUGGAAGGACAAAUGCUAACGAGGAAAGUAUACGCCACGGAGAUGGGAUUUAGCUUUGGGGAAAACACAAAAAUUCUUGCCACCGGUGGAGCGUCGGCGAAUAGGUCGAUUUUACAGGUCAUAUCGGAUGUGUUCAACGCGCCCGUGUAUACGCAGAAAACCACCGAAGCAGCGUUAUUCGGUGCUGCGUACCGUGCGAAGUACGUGCUCAGCGUGGUCCGAAUGAAAGAGAAUCCCGGCAGCGGCGGUAGAGGUCCUAUGUCGUACUAUGAUUUCAUCAGUGACCUGCGGCCCCACUCGAUUACUCGGGUGUGUGAUCCAAGCAAGGACUGCGAGGAAAUCUACGGUUCAAUGGCAGAGCGGUACAAAUCGAUGGUCAGCUAUAUGCUCAAGCACCAGGAAUAAUUGUUAGUAAGCGUCGGCGCUUCCUAGUAAUGCUUUCCUAUUUCUACUUAGUGACAUUCCAUACGAACCAACUACGAGCAUUUUGAAUUGCCUAGUACUUUUGUUACCUUCCAAUAAAGAGCACUCUUACACAUGGAUCAAGCGUGUAGCAUGUUUUUAUGGAGUGUUCAACGUUGCAACGGUAGAACGCGGUUUUUUUGUAGUAUAUUUAGCUAACAGUCACCAUGCCAGGUUGUAACCGGAAUUGUUGUUAAAAAUUAUCUCGAUCAUCACUUUCAGAGAACGACUGACACAGUAUUCGACAUAACAGUGCUUGGGCUUACACAUGCGCAUUAUAUGUGUUUGUAAAAUGCCUGCGUUUCGGCAGAUA